AUGGCGCCUCGAGAGCUUAGCGGCAUCCUAGUAGCACUUAUCACGCCUUUCACCGACGAUGGAAAGACGGUGCAUGAGGGCAGGCUACAAGCACAUAUCAACCGGAUGAUCGAUGCUGGAGUCCAUGGUCUUGUCCCUGGAGGCACAACAGGCGAGUUCACAGCCAUGAAAUCAGAGGAGAGAAAGAACGGCCUGGAACUUGUCAUUAAAUACACAGCGGGAAGGGUUCCUGUUGUAGCUGGCAUUGGCGCCUUGUCGACGUGGGAGUGCGUCGAUCUAGCUACCCAUGCAGCUAAGGCUGGUGCUGAUGCAUUGAUGGUCGUUCCUCCGUUUUAUGAUCCUGUCAACUACCAGCAGCUGCGGACACUGAUGAAGGAGGUACACGAAGCAUCACACCUGCCCAUAAUGUUUUACAACAUUCCUUCUGCUAGCGGCAUCACCCUUUCCCCCACGGAGCUAGCGUCUCUGUCAGAAGUAGGCGUUCAAUACAUGAAAGACACAUCAGGAAACGCGCCGGCGCUGACGGAGCUGCUUUUCGAGCUCGAUGACAAGAUUACGGCAUUUAACGGCUGGGAUACCCUCACCUUCUACGGCCUUGCUGCAGGGGCCAAAGGUUCAGUGUGGGGCGCUACCAACAUCAUACCUGAGCUUUCAGUAGAGCUGUGGAACAAGCUGGCCGUUCAGGGCGAUCUUCAGGGCGCGCGAGAGCUGUGGAGGAAGAUCUUUCCCAUCUGCAAAUUCCUCGAGAGCCACAACUACCCUUCUGCGGUCAAGACGGGCAUGGAGCUGCGAGGGUGGGAGACGGGUGGCCUGCGAAGGCCGUUUGAUUUACUCGCAAAAGAGCAAACCGAAGAGCUGGCAGGCUAUUUGAGCUCGUUAGGGUUACAGACGGUGAAGGGCAAGUGGCUGUCAAACAACGCUUGA